AUGACCAGCCAGCCAGUCUCCCAGCGGUCCAAACAGUCAGCGGUCCAGCCAGCCAGAGGUCCAGCCAGCCAGAGGCCCAGCCAGCCAGAGGUCCAGCCAGCCAGAGGUCCGUCCAGCCAGAGGUCCGUCCAGCCAGCCAGAGGUCCGUCCAGCCAGCCAGCGGUCCGUCCAGCCAGCCAGCGGUCCGUCCAGCCAGCCAGCGGUCCGUCCAGCCAGCCAGCGGUCCGUCCAGCCAGCCAGCGGUCCGUCCAGCCAGCCAGCGGUCCGUCCAGCCAGCCAGCGGUCCGUCCAGCCAGCCAGAGGUCCGUCCAGGCAGGCAGCGGUCCGUCCAGCCAGCCAGCGGUCCGUCCAGCCAGCCAGCGGUCCGUCCAGCCAGCCAGCGGUCCGUCCAGUCAGCCAGAGGUCCGUCCAGCCAGCCAGCGGUCCGUCCAGCCAGCCAGCGGUCCGUCCAGCCAGCCAGCGGUCCGUCCAGCCAGCCAGCGGUCCGUCCAGCCAGCCAGCGGUCCGUCCAGCCAGCCAGCGGUCCGUCCAGCCAGCCAGCGGUCCGUCCAGCCAGCCAGAGGUCCGUCAAGCCAGCCAGAGGUCCGUCCAGCCAGCCAGCGGUCCGUCCAGCCAGCCAGAGGUCCGUCCAGCCAGGCAGCGGUCCGUCCAGCCAGCCAGCGGUCCGUCCAGCCAGCCAGCGGUCCGUCCAGCCAGCCAGCGGUCCGUCCAGCCAGCCAGCGGUCCGUCCAGCCAGCCAGCGGUCCGUCCAGCCAGCCAGCGGUCCGUCCAGCCAGCCAGCGGUCCGUCCAGCCAGCCAGCGGUCCGUCCAGCCAGCCAGCGGUCCGUCCAGCCAGCCAGCGGUCCGUCCAGCCAGCCAGCGGUCCGUCCUGCCAGCCAGCGGUCCGUCCAGCCAGCCUGCGGUCCGUCCAGCCAGCCAGCGGUCCUUCCAGCCAGCCAGCGGUCCGUCCAGCCAGCCAGCGGUCGGUCCAGCCAGCCAGCGGUCGGUCCAGCCAGCCAGCGGUAUUGAUGAUUGAGACUGUGUACUUUAGUGGGUGCAGGUAUUCAGAGAACCGGGACGAGUAUGACGAGCUUCUCACGAUAACACUGGAGGAGACAGGUGCCGGGGUGGCUGAACUGCUGGCGGACGCAGUAGGGAAAACAGCGGUUGGCGAGGACUGCAGGCACAAAAGAUAA